AUGGGUAAUACUCACAGUGAUUCCUUGAAUCAUAGUUUCAAGCGUCUUCGUAUGUCCGAAACACAACAGCUAUUGCAAAUGUCCCCUGUCUCGAUUAGUCCGAAAAGAAAGACAACGCAAAGUAACGCACAAUAUUCGGAUCAGAUUGCAAUCGAAUAUAACAACAAGUCGAUUGGUGAAACGCCUAUUAUUUCAUGUGNACCUUUCUGUUUCAGAUUUUCAAUGGGUAAUACUCACAGUGAUUCCUUGAAUCAUAGUUUCAAGCGUCUUCGUAUGUCCGAAACACAACAGCUAUUGCAAAUGUCCCCUGUCUCGAUUAGUCCGAAAAGAAAGACAACGCAAAGUAACGCACAAUAUUCGGAUCAGAUUGCAAUCGAAUAUAACAACAAGUCGAUUGGUGAAACGCCUAUUAUUUCAUGUGAUGAUUCACAUCAAGUUGUGCUCUCUACAACGACAGAUCCAAAAGAUUUACCCACCGUGGCCACGAAUCAGUACAUGAAUUUAUUACCACAUGAGCAAUUAGUAUUGUGUAAUACUCAACUAUUCGCAAAAUCGAUUGCUAUUGACCAUCGGAACGAAGUCGUAGGUUCAGAAUUAUCAGACGAAGAAUUAGUUAUGUGCCUACGUUCCAAAACAUCUUUCUUUUGCUUGUCGGAUGAAGAUGUUUUACGUUGCCUGACAGAAGCCUGCUGCAUUACGAAAAAUUGA